AUGACAUACUUGGACAUAAAGAUCACAAACCACAAUCUUAGUGUUGGGACUGAUGCUUGCAAACUUAUUGUCAAAACUGUGAUUUACAUCUCCUGUUCUUUUGGUGGAAGAAAGGAAACUAUAAAUUUGAAAGAAUUGGGGCAUUCCGGGAAUCUUACCACUGGACCAAAUGUUGGGUAUUCUUUGUUAUCACCAAAGGCCCUCAUUGAAGUACUCCGGAAACAUAGCACAGUUGUUGAUUGGCUUAUACAACAUUUUAAAUCAAAAGCUGAAGUUUUGCCAUGUGUCUGCUUAUAUGUUGAAUUAGAGUCUGGAUUAAGCUGA